UAUCUUAUAUCUAUAUGCCAGAAAAGGUGAGCCUUUGUAGAUAAGAACAUGCGGAGGUCAUUCGGCGGCAGUGGCAGAGGUAUGGGUGGAGGUAGCGGCGGCAUGAUGAGAACCGUUCAAAGGGCUGUCAGGGCUGGCGUCGUCGGCGGCGCACCGCCGGAGCCCUUCUCACCUUCGACCACCACCACCAACAUCGCCGCCGCUAAUGGUAGUAGGAAAUCAAGAAAAGGCAACAACUUGAAUAACAAGCAGCCCACUUCUCCAAACAACGCCGCUUUAUCUCAUUCUUCUUCUUCUUCUGGAAAUGGUAGAUCAGCCUUUUCUUCUCUAAUAAAUCUGCCGGCAUCUGCUACUUCCGGUGCAGCUGCACCCACCACCUGGCCGGGGGAUUCUUCUUCUGAAUGGGAGUGUGUAGAAGAUGAAGAAAGGGCACGUGUUUUUUAUGAUGAUUUUGUGUUUGGAACUGCUCCUUCUACAGAUGAAGUCCACCAUGCAGUUUCUGCUCUUCAACAGGUUAUUAGUCCGUCAUCAUACAGGCGUUUUCCGAAUACAAAUCUUGCUGAGAAUAUAGGCAGAGAUGAAGUAGUUGGUAACGGAAUCGGGUUCGAGAGGUUAAAUUCUUCACCCGAGUGCGAGAUGGAUUGGAUCGAACCACUGGCGAAUGACUAUAAUUCAAAUAAUAGAGCAGUAUUUGAUGCCUUCCAUUUAUUAAACACAGAAACUUCUGUUCAGAGGAUGGUUGUAUCUUUAUCGUCGGAUAAAGCUCUUUGGGAUGCUGUCAUGAACAACGAGGCGGUUAAGGAUCUCAGACGAUCACUCCAUCAAGACGACAAUGUAGUCGUCGGGGAAAGCUCGGGCGAGGGCUCCGGUGGGUCCAACCCAGUGAAGGAUUUGCUAAGUUGGAUAGUUGCGAAUGCUAAGUCAAAGAUGAUGCAACUAAUUGACACAAUGGCAAAGUUUCUGAGUCAAUAUUUCGAGCUUCAAAAUGAGGAGAAGAAAGGAGAUCCUUUGGACGAAAAGCUUAAAACUUCUUUGUUGCUUUCGAUCAUCGUCCUCUUUGUAGUGGUCGUUACUCGAGCACAAGGGGCAUGAUUGUAAUUUGCUGACGUUACCUAAUGGUGUCUAUGCCUAUAUACCUAAUUGUAUCUUUUUUCUCUGUAUGGGAGUUUGUAUAUUUAUCAGAAUGUAGAAUAUACUUUCUUGUGGUCAACAAAGUUCCGAUGUUUUGCAGCAGAAAUGAAUAAUCUCUACAU